AUUACGGAAGUAGUUACGUUUUCCAUCAUGGCGUCCUCCUGUCCGCGGACAGGCAACGUGAUCACUCGAUAAAAUGAGAAAGUUUUUCUUCACUUAGACUCAAAAGUCAACAAUAAUUAAAGCCAGACCAUUGAUUUUACAAACAAGUCCACCUUUCAGGACCUUGAUCGUUUCAGAGAUCUAUCUACAGAAAGCACACAGAUGGCCUCUUUUAAACCCACACAAAUCCCAGACCUUCCAAAACUUGGAGAAAAGAUCACAGAGGACACAUUAUACUGGAAAAACUACAAGGCUCCUGUCCAAAUUAAAGAAUUUGGGGCAGUCUCAAACAUCGACUUCUCUCCGGUAUCUCCACAUAACUUUGCUGUAACUGCGUUCACAAGAAUCCACAUUUAUGGACCGUUUUCCCAAGAACCUGUUAAGACCUUCACUCGGUUCAAGGACACGGCGUACUGUGGCAGGUUCAGAUCAGAUGGUCAGCUGCUUGUUGCAGGAUGCGAGGACUCUGUUGUCCGUCUGUAUGACGUCGGCGGCAAGGCGGCACUCAGGAUGUACAAAGGGCACACAAAGGCUGUACAUGUAGCUGACUUCACCACGGACCGCUACCAGAUCCUCACGGCGUCGGACGACUACACGUGCCGACUUUGGGAUAUCCCAAACGCUGUUGAGCUCACCGCCUAUCAGGAACACACAGAUUAUGUGCGCUGUGGUGUUACGAGUAAACUAAACGGGGACCUCUUCAUAACAGGGUCAUAUGACCACACGCUGAGAGUGUUUGAUUCCAGAACGGAGAAGAGCGUGAUGACCAUGGAUCACGGACAACCAGUGGAAAGCCUUCUCCUCUAUCCCUCAGAGGGACUCCUCGUCUCUGCAGGAGGACGCUACGUCAAAGUGUGGGAUCUUUUAAAAGGUGGUCAGCCUCUGGUUUCUUUGAAGAACCACCAUAAAACCGUCACCUGUCUGGCUCUCAACAGCAGCGGACAGAGACUGCUGUCUGCGUCUCUGGACAGGCAUGUGAAGGUGUACAACACCACCAACUAUAAAGUGGUCCACAACUUUGACUACGCUGCUGCGAUCCUCAGUUUGGGUCUGGCUCCGGACGACGAGUCCAUCGUUGUCGGAAUGACCAACAGUAUUCUGAGUAUCAAACACAGAAAGAAUCUGGAAGAGCCGAAGGAAACGAGCAAAGCAAGGCGGCGGCCGUCGUAUCGGGUCUUCAUGAAAGGGAAAAACUUUGUCCCAAAACAGGAUGAUUACUUUGUCAGUAAGCCUGCGAGACAACAUUUGGCCAAAUAUGACAAGCAGCUCAAGAGGUUUAAUGUGUCUAAAGCUUUAGAUACAGCCCUGGAGGCAUGGUUGAGAAGGAAAAAGCCAGAGGUCACUGUGGCGGUUAUAAAGGAGCUGGAUCGAAGAGGGACUUUGAAGAAUGCGUUGGCAGGAAGGGAUGAGGAGCAGCUGUCUCGGUUACUCUGCUUU